GGGCUACCAGCGGUGGAGGUGGGCUGACCAGUGUACUGUGAACUACCCGCGGUGCGAUACCGGUGGCGGGAAAACGUGGAAAACGCGCGCAAGGGUAGUAGUGUAGAGGGUGAGGCAGCGAGGCAUGGCGUCGCCCCCUGCCGCUCACACUCGCUCGCUAGACGCGCGGCCGCGCGCCGCUCAAUCGAUACAUUUUCCAAGCUGGAAAAACAUUUCAACCCCGGAAAACUGUUAAUUUACAAAACAAACCAGCAUUUCUUAUCUUUAGUUAAUUUAUGUGUAGAAGGAAUUCCGCGAAUUUGUUGAGAACUGGGAAUGUUCGGAGAUAAACAAAGUGCGACGUAAAAUCGUUCCCGGAGUGACUGAGAUUACCUCCGUGAAAUUACCGGUGUCAUCAUUAUGGUAGUGAACGGAGUAGUUUCAAUUUAGUGACAUUUGGGAGGGAAUAUCAAAGAUGGCUGCCGCUCCAGCUGCUUCCUGCAUGAGCGCCGAAAAUGGAUGCGUUAUGUUCGAUUGCCUCGUACAUCUGUGGGAAUGGCUUGACCCACCAAUUGCACAAUCACAAUUUCAAAUGGAGAACAAAAAGCAGGUGCCCGCUACGCAGCAGCCGCUGAUGCAGCAGCACCUAAUGGCGCAACACGUGCAUCCCGAUCAAAUAUACAACCAGCAUCACCCUGCUAUCGCAACCCACCUAUCUUCCCCGCAGCCUGGCCAGCUUCCACCAAAUGGCGUUAUGCAUCAACUCCUGCAAAGUCAAUAUCACUCCAACAUAGAUGCCCGUUCGCCACUUCUCGAAAACAGACACGAGUUAUACGGAACUGGUUACAAUCAAGAUUAUGCUAGACAAUACGGUGUUAACGAUAACUACAACUAUCCACAAUCACCUCCUAGGUUAGACAGAACAGAAUUACACACCGACCAUAAUGUAAAUAACGAAAUACUUCACAAUGUUCCUAAAGGAUAUAAUGCUGAAGUAUAUCAAGACUAUUUAAAACGUAACCCACCGAAAGAUACCAACCAAAUAUACCAAAAUCAUCAACCGACGUAUCGACCCAAUUCAAAUCAAUACGGCUCUAAACCGUAUCUUCCAUAUUCAAGUCGAAUAGGACCGCAUAGUAAUACAGAGCUAUUACGGAGACAGUACAACGAAAUCCAGCAAAUGAAGUUGCAACAGCAACUGCACUACCAAAAUCAAGCGCAGAUGCAUCAACAACAGAAGUUUGCUGAGAGGCAGAUGCUACUCCAACAAAUUCAUGGCGUACAACCACCCCCGAACUUGCAAAAUAGUAUAUACUCUGAUAGUUCUUAUAGAGACUUAGAUAGAUAUAGUAGUAAAAAUGAUUUCAAGGAGUAUAGUAGUACCGACAUACAGAAAGAUAUUGAUAGGUACGCGAAAAAUAAUGAAUUUAGAGAAAAUGAUAAACAAAGCAAGCAAUAUCCCGAUCAGCAAUGGCAACCCAAUCAACAAACUGAUUCUAGAGAGCCAGAAAGAUAUAGAAGACAAUCAGAAGGCGAUAAAGGAAACAGUCAGUCUCCACCUUCGGAUCAAAGUCAAAAGAGUAAUGUUGGUGUCGUUUCACCUAUGAAAUCCAGCGAAUCUAGCAGUCCAAGUGUAAAGUCACCUUCUUCGGAGAGCAGAAGGAGCAGCGGCGGGACUCAAGCUUUACGGUCGCCGAUAGCACAGCGAUUACCUUCUGCUCCAGUAACCAUGUCCGGCAUUCUGUACAAGCAGGGGUCAGAUGGAUUAAAAGUCUGGAGAAAGAGGUGGUUUGUCUUAUCGGAGUACUGCUUGUUUUAUUACAAAAGUCACGAUGAAGAGAAGCUCCUUGGAUCCGUGCUUCUUCCUUCAUACAAAGUGUCAGCCUGUACCGCCGAGGAUAAAGUACUUCGAAAAUUCGCUUUCAAGCUAGAGCAUGCGAAUAUGCGCACGUAUAUACUCUGCGCUCCUGACCAGGAGGCCAUGAUGAAGUGGGUGAAGGCGCUGACUAUGGCAGCGCUAAUGCAGAGUCCCAAUGACCAGCCACAAAAGCAGAGCGAACGGGCAGCUGCAAAAACAGAGGAGGAUGAAGUUCCCGGGCCCACAUAUGCAAAUGCGCCACCAAAGCCGCGACGCUCAAAUGAAGGAUACAACUCGCCAAGCUCUGAUAUAUAUGAUCCAAACUACGACCUACUCAAACAGCCAGCAUCACACUACAGCCAAGGCACUAGUCACACACGCUACCAGGAACACAAUUACCCGAGCAGUCCAAAUCAAGAGAACAUAUACACUCGGAGCCUACAGUCGCCUCCGGCGCCACCGCAGUACCCGACGAAACGACCGUACGACACCCACCACCUGUCUCUGCCUCUGACAAACACCGUAACCGACAGAUUAGAAAACAAUCAACCUAGUACUUCAACAUCCAUGUAUAAGGCCACACCUAAUUCCCCUUACUUUGAUACUAGGAGCAGAACGCAGCAAGAAUCUAAACAAGAGCAAAUAUACGAUCGACAACCCCAGUCCAAUCCCUUCCUGCAGGAUACGACACCACAAACAGAAAGUUCUAGAGACAUUGAUAUGCAAAAUAAGAACAGUCGAAAUUAUGAACAAGAACGGGCUCAAUCGAAAAAAAAUGAUACGUACCCAGAAGCGCGUUUAAAUAAUUCUUCUAAUGUGGAUAUGGGACAAUACAGUCGAGAUGUUUAUGGAGAAUUGAAUGCAAGACCCAGUAGGUCAGCAAGUGCAAUCAAUGAACGCUUAUUAAUAGAGAGGCGAACACCCGAUGCAUAUGGCCGAUCUACCACUAUGUCCGCAUACAGUAAAGAUAAAGUCGGUGACUACGAAGACGUGUAUGCUACAUAUGCAACCGAAAAUGAUUACGGUCAAAGUUAUGCAAAGUCUCCAAAUAUCUUGCGGGAUGCACCCAAUCUUUCUAGUCAACUACAGCAGCAAAUUCAAGACCCCAUUGGAAAUUAUUCUCAUGAAAAAUCUUUUAACGGCCCUUCAGUUUUACGCAGGAAAAAGAUGCAAUCGAGUGGGAUUCAGCCCCAAAUGCCAAGACCCCAUAGCGCAGAUUUUCUUGAAUAUGAAUCCAAAAAUGAAAUGCAAAAUAGAUCCAUGGCAAAUCGAACUGCCAGUAGUAAUGAACGGAGACAGCCACAGAGGCCUAAAUCUAGUUUAGAUAUCAACACUUCGUAUGACCCUAGUUCAGAUAGAUACUACUCAGAAGAAAGUUAUGCGGAAAAAAUGCGCCAAAGUGCUCAAUAUUUACAGCAAGGUUUGGGACCCCGAAAUAUCCAAAUUCCUUUGGCAAAAUACGCAAGUGGUUUGGCAGAAAAACAACUACAUUCCCCAUAUUCACACACUACGAACAAUAAUUAUGAAACCGAAUUUGGUAGUCCUAAGAAUAAUGGAGACAACAUAAUCAACCAUUUGAAAUACAAUGAAGCAUUGAAUUCAAACUGGACGUUGAAGAAUAAAGAUCCUAAAGAUUACCUUAAUAGAAGUGGAAGUGUUAUGAGUGAUGGUUCUAAUAUAAGUGGCUAUGCCAAGGGUAUUAACAGAUUAGAUACAAGCGCCGAAGGCUUCAUGAGAUCCGCAAGUGCACGAUUACCUUCAACAGCUCCUGAAAGAGAGGGUGAGAAGAAAGUACAACAGAGGGAAGAAUCAAUGAAGCGCUUAUUGGAAUGGAAACAGCGCAUGUUACAAUCACCUUUAACACGCAAAAGUACUCCAGCUACCAUCUCUCUGGCUCGGUCUUUAAAUCAGAGUCGGCAAUCGUUAAAAGACUACAAAUCGAAGACCUACGCGAAUGCGUCAUAUAACAGCUACUCUUCCGAUGAUGAAGCUUCAAUGACAAUUACUGGCAAUAAUAUGGAAUCGGGCACAAAUAAUUCAAAUCAACAAACGUUGUCUAAUAAAGCUUUUCUCGGAAGCAAUACAUCUAUCGGAAGAAGUAACAGAGAUAGUAAUAUACCUGUGAGGGCUGUGAGCCCCAGAGUACGAUGGGUGGAAGAAAAACCAACUAAUGACCAAUACGGCUCUCAACAUCUGACAGCUUCACAACAGAACUUAAGAAUUUCAAACGUGACGGAAGAGUCGUGGGCAACGGGUAGAUCUCAGUCUAGAGCUUCACAGCAGCCAAUUAGAGCGGUCAGUCCAAGAGUUCGAAGAAACACUGAACAAGACGAUAUGCAAAGGGAACAGCAGUCGGGUCAACAGUCGGGUCAGCAGUUAGGUGAAGUGCCCACGGCUGGGGAACUUCUUGGUCGAACUCACGAAGAAUUGGUGUUACUUCUGAUUCAAUUACGAAGACGACAUGCAGCUACUCAUCGAGCAAUCGAACAGUGCUGUGCUCAAAUUAAUAGUAUCAAGGACUGCCUUAGUUCCCUGAAAGCUAUGGAGCGAGAAGAGAGUCUGCAAAGACUUGAACAUUUGAAAAUGCAACUCAUGGAACUAGAACAUCAGUACGAAAAGAGCAAGCCGCUUGUACAGUUGGUGGACAAUAUGGUGAAAUUGGGCUCCUUGUACAAUAGGCCAGGAUCCACGGUCGAGCGGCUUGAGAGGAAUCAGAGAUUGAGGCAGAAAGUUCUUGCAGAACAUGCUCUGGAACAACAAAGAUGGUUAGAGAGUGCUGCAGCAGGCAAGCAACUUGAAACAGAAGCUGCUAGAGCGAGAGUGGCUGAAUUGUGGGCUUUAGAACAAGAGCUAGCUGAUGAAGCCGCCAUUUUGCAGGGGCUUAGGACAGAUAAAGACGCUAUUGAAUCCUUACUUACAGGCGUUCGUGGUAAACUAAACAGCGUACAAACCAGAAGCGAUCUAUCACACAUCACGAAUCAGCGUGCGUCGGGCGUGCCCGAGUUGGGAAGCGGGUCGCUGGAGGCCGAGCUAGCCCGAGUGCACGCCAUGCUGGCACUUAAUUCUAAGGUUUAUAAGAAACUGGAGCAAACCGUGGCCGAUAAUGCGCGCCUGGAGCGCGAGCUGCAACAGCUGCGGCGCGCGCUGCAGGCGCGCCGCGCCGCCGCGCCCUCGCAUCCGCCGCCUGCGCACGCCACAGCCAUGCUCGAGGACGAAGUAACACGGGUGCAGCAGCUAGUGUCGGCCUUGCAGCGCCAACGACAGGAGCUCAGUCGGGCGGUGAGACAUCUCACGCAACAGUCUCAUGUUUUGCAGACUACCCACGAUUCUUUACCCGGUAAACGUCGUCCAACUUCCUCAUGGCAAGAAACCAACCUAGAUACAGGUCAUACAACCGACCACGGCAACUCUGACUACGACUACGACAUGGGCAGCGUAGUCAUGUCUCCUGGUAAUUACGAGAGCAGUAACAUGGACGUGCCACUGUAUGUGGACACGAGAGGAGGUGGGAAUGACGUUAUGUCUCCGAUGACUAGCGAGGAAAUGCAAAAUGGCGGAUUCGCGAACCUGUCCAACGUAGAAAAGCAGGAGAUCAAAACUGUGCGCAUAGUGAAACGCGAAAGUGAAAGACGACAAAGGGACAGAGAGCGUUCUCUCCAACCCAUGUCCGACUGGCCUUCCAAUAACAUCACUGCCAACCUUGACCAGUUUUUAGAAGAGGAGCUCGUCCAGUCUUCCAACUACUCCAGAGCUUCAUCUGUGCCUCGAACUGAUUUUAGCAAAUUUGAAGAAUACUACUCCAAGCCUCAACCUGCCGAACCUCCAAACUAUCUUCGACUGAACGACAAAAUGUCUUCCAUGGAACUUAGUCCUAAAUAUCCAUCAAGCCCGUCCCUAUCAAACUAUGAUUAUUCUCGAGACAUAUCCUCACUUAGCAGUAGUUACAAUAGAAGUUACGAGAAGUCUGGUUACGAUAAAACAAUUUCGAUUUCGACUCAAUAUUUGAACAGUCCCACGGAUAGCGCUAGAACUCUGACAAACGAUCCAUUGUCAAAAACGAGCAGCAUUGGCAGCUUAACGAGAUCGCAUAUGGAAUUGUCACCCAUCUUCAAAAGCGAGGCGGCGAAACAAAUCAUAACUGAGAUGUCCGGGGAUGUGCCUAAGAACGGGUCUCUGCAUAGGAGACAAGUGCCGAAGGAGAAACGAAGGCAUUACACAGCACCGCAUCAUCUAAGCGCAAAAACUCUGAACGAAAUGCCAAAGGAGGCGUACAAUCAAGAUAAGCUGGGCCGGUCGCUGGACGACGCGGACAUGGAGCGCGCCCUGCGCGCGCCGCCCGACGUGGUGCGCUCGGCGCUGGCGCCGCCGCAGCGCUAUGCCGACUCCAUCGACCAGCUGCUGGCCGCGCCGCAGAAGAUCCUCAUACCGGAGCGCUACAUCCCGGAGAAGCCUCCUGAACUCUCGCCCGAAGAACAACAGAAGCGUCAAGAGAAAGUAGAGUCGAUUAAAAAAAUGCUUUCAGGGACGACUGAUCCCAACACCAAGAGCCCGGACGGCGAAGAGAAGCGGCAGCGGGAACACUUAUUGCAGAUGAACCAGCUGCUCGCCAAGCAGGUCACCGAAAUGAGCAAAAUCAUUGCCGUGAAAGCGUUAGAAGAGUUGCCGCAGCGAAGCAACGCGGAUGACUUGGACGACCGCUCUCCAGACGUGGAAUUGCCUAUUUACCAGCAAAGAGACAAUUUCUUUACUUAAACAUCGAAAUCGAUCGUGUUGUCGGAUGAUGUAUUACUUUCAAGAUAUUUUGUACCUAUUUGAUGAACGACGGCGGUUGAAACCUAUGGCUUGUUGUUAGUUAACGUACCUAUAUAACUCUAUAACAGAAUAAUCACACGCUAUUGCUAUCUAUCAUAGUGCGGUGUGGGUAAUAUCUAUGCUGCGUAGGCUUUGUACUAUAUUUAGUACUUUAUACUUACUUAGGUAUAUAUAGAUUGAUUCUUGGAGUUCCUCGUAGAGUCUGAUUUAACUCUGAUGACGACUCGCGUAGCUAAAUAAAGUUAACAAUGUACCUAUUAACCUUAAAAAUAACAUAAUCAUUUGGUAGCUACAUACCAUGUAACUGUGUCUUAGGCGAUUACCACACCGACGUCGCAUCUAGAUUCCACAUCAGUGUGAUAACCUGAUAACCGUCUCUUAUUUAUUUAAAAUAAGCAGGAUAAGGUCAAUAUACAGAUCAUGUUGUAAUAAUCUUAAAUCAAGUUGUACGGGCUUUAAAUACUUUAUAGUGAUACAUUUAGAAAAAUCAAUUAAUAGUUAUACCCUUAUGUAAUAGUUAUACUUCUUGGACUACAGAAAUUAUAUAGGUACCUAUUAAUCUUUUUGACUAUAAAUUUAGCUCAAUUAUCGUCUAUCUCGUUAUUUAGACUCCAUAUUAUACCUACUGAUAACGGAAAUAUGUGCAAUGCGGACUCGGACUCCUUUAGGAUGCAACCGGGAAAACGCUAAGAUGAAAUAUACCUAUGCAAUUGCUGGUAAAGAAAUUAUUAGGCUAAAGUUUGACUACCUAUCUCAAGUGUGAUGACCACGUGCUGUGGAAUAAAAUUGCGAGUGGUUUAUACCUACGCACUAAGUAAGACAUGUUUCCACAGUUUUGAAUUAUGAGUUACACUGUACAUGAACGUUCGUUUUAUGAUACGUUAUCGUUCAGUUAACUGGAGGUGUAUUUCUUUUAUUGUUAUACUUACAUGAUAUAUACAAUACGACUAUUUAGGCCGCGCGGGUAAGUUGUGUUUUCUCACAAGUUAUGUUUCGAUAAAAAGCACGACGUGUGGAUACAUGACAUUUAUGCUGACGUGCGUUCUCGAGAAGCAUAUCAGAAUACGGCACACUUCUUUCAAAUUACGAAUAGCUGGGCGUUUGAGUCUGAAGAAUCAUCAAUUUCAAGCAAUGCGACUGACUGAUGACCAGUGUUAAGAACAAAGUAACUGAUCAAUUAAUAACAUACUUAUUUACUUCAUUGUAGGUCUCUUAUGUAUUAGUAUUUGCUCAAUUUUAACAACAUUCCUUUAAUAGUUUACUUGCAAUAUAUAGUGUAGAUAAUAUAUGUUUAUACAGGUAACAAUUAUCAUAAGUACUAAAUUAUCUUACCACAUCAUUUAGUACUUAUUUUAUAGGUGAGUUGUUUUUAUUUUUUCUACUUAAUUAUAACAAAGUAUUCUAUGUCAAAUGCCUUGAUUGUUACUUUAGAUAAGGUUUGAUGUAGUAAAUCGUAGCUGUAAGACGAUGCCAUGUUAAUCAGUUAAAUGAAUAUAGUACCUAAAGCACAUUAUUUAAUAUAAUUAUUGUACUUAAGAUGAGAAAUCGAAUUAAAAUGCGUUUUAGUAUUAUUUCGUUUCUUUUAUUUGUUGGUAGGUACAAGUUUAUACUUAUUUUUAAGUUUUGUAGUUUAUUGUAGAAACUUAGUACAAGAAAUAUGAAUAUCAACAUUUUAUUUAUGACAUGCACGGAAUAGAUUGUCAAUUUGUAUAAAUUACCUACUAUUGUUAAUGGGCAUUCUUACAAUAUAAUAACUUUAUGCCUUUAAUCAUAUCAAUUAGCCUUGUUCUAGAUAUGAGUAGGCGAUCGGACUAACGGAUCGAAUUAGUUUCUUUAAUCAGUCACAUUUCGAUCUGUUAUUGAUGUGUAGGCGACAAUACGCUAGUAAAAAAAGUCGGUAAAUAAUUAGGCACUUAUGUAACCAGAAAAAAACUCCAGGGUGCUUAGCCAACAUGCCAAUCAUUAACGCUCCGUAGCGUAGCGUAGUCAUCUCUCUAAAUCACUCUUCCAUAUUAGUGCGACAGUGACAAUUGCGUUUCGUUCGCAACGGAGCGUAACCGAUCGGCAUGUUGGCUACGCACUCUGAUAUCAAUGGCCGGCAGAUGACAAAUAAACAUAUUUAAGACAUAAUACGACCUCCAUACCCCAUACUAUUACUUAUUCUGUACCCCUGUCAAUGCCGCGUGGCACUUAUGCCUAUGGAACAACCAAGGAGAAUAAAGGGUCAGGAUAAAGCGUCCGCGAAGUGACGUUUGUUCUAUCAUGUCGUUAUCACCUGACCACCGCGUCCAUCGUAUGUCGCUUAGAGGCUUUGAUGACAAUCACUCGAAUAAUGCAAUCUAGACCGAUAUAUUAAAGCGAUCUAAAUCUAACCGAAGUAUACGUAACGGCUCAUCAUUUUUUCGAACACUGUUGAUAUGAUGAUGCAUGUUCCUACAUGUAUCCUGGAAUGUUAUGAUUUUCAAAUAAAUCAGGGGUUUUUACUUGUUAUUAUCAAAGUGUGGAGUGAGACCAAGUCCAUGCCGGUCAUUUGUAGUACUUAUGUGCAUAAUGGCGUAUUGCCUCUCAAAAGCUUUAAAAUAGUGACUGUAUCCCUUGUUACUCGGCCUCAUACGUGUUGCAUGUAAUACAAUUAUAUUUCUAAGUGAAUGUUUGCUUAGUAUGUAAUAUUACGAUUAUACCGUAAUUGUAAUAAUUUUUAACUGUAAUAAAUUAAUAAUUUAAAAAUAUCACGGCGACGAAAUUGUCGACAAAUACAUUAUUUGCCAUAAUCAAAUAUUUUAUUUUCUAGGACUUCUAGGUAUCAAUUUUAUGUUGUACCUACUAUGGUCACCAUAAAAAAUUAAAUUACCUAGCAAAUAUAUAAUUUGCUUCAGUCUACGAGUACUAUAUAAAUCCUAUAAUCUUCCUGUAUCUUGUAAAUUAGACUGAGAAAAUAGCAUUUCCUAAUGAGAAUUUGUAUUGCCUAUUACUGCCUACCACUUGAUUUUUGUCAAUGUUUGUAAGUAUUACAUGAAUAUAAAAAGAAGUAGCACAAAAUUUGUUUCUGGAAUUAUGACUUAAUUUAUACAUUGCGCUUAUUAAAAAUGCCCUAUAUUUGUAUACUAUGUUUGACUUUCACUUCAUUAUUUUCUAACAAUUUUAUUUUUAUACAUUGACUGAUCAUGUUUUACCCCAUGUUGAUAAUGCCUUAAUUAGAUACCUACAUAAUAAUACCGUAAAAAGAUAGCUAGUAUUUUAACUUCAAUAAUAUUUUCGACACACAGUCAUUUUAUACUUUAAACUUUUACACAAUAAGGCGUUCUACGCUAAGUGCUUAAGGGCCUAGCUAAAAUGCCAAUCGUGUGCGCCGUAGAGACAUGGUAAUCUCUCUCUAUCACUCUUCUAUAUUAGUGCGACAGAAAGACAUUACGUAGCGUAUCGUUCGCUACGGCGCAAUCAAUUGGCUUUUUCGCUAGGUACUCUGAUCUACUUGUGCGCGCGCAGAUGUGAGACAAUAUAAGAAGAUAAAAUACUGACUAUUAUUUUUACCGCAACAAUGUUGUUGUGUAAAUACCUACAGGGAAAUCGUAGAGUUUGAUAUUUGUUAUACCUAUUCUACUUAUAAUUAUUACCUAUACUAUUCUAAUGCGUUUCUUGUGCGCUUGUACAAAUUGUCAACACAGAUCGUACUAAUUAAUUUUACUGGUAUAAAUCGCUUAGCUUAAAAUUACAGUUGUUGGGGACUGUAUGUCCACGAAAUUUGAAAAUAAAUAAAAUAUAUACUAUUCA